AAAAUUUACUGCUGGGAUUUAAACUGAAUUAUCCAAGUUUUUAUGAAAUAUUCAACCCCAAGAGCAAAAGAGAUAAACCAAAUUGAAGUUCUGUCAAAGGAAUGUCACAUCAUUUAUCUGGGAUCGGGGAUAAGAAGAUUCUCCAGAGGAAAAUUCCAAAUAACACACGAUAUAAAAAUGUUAUGGCAAGGGUAGAUACCGGAUCAAGUGUUACAAGAUACGAGAAAAGAAUUGAAGAAAUGCAGAUGAAUUACAGAUAUAGGAAGAAUGAAUUGUUCAAGCGAAUGAAAGUUACCACAUUCGCUCAACUGGUUCUCCAAGUUGCAAAUAUAGCAAUGGCAGAUGAAGAUGAAUAUGAUGGAAUAGGCACACCGCGAUCUGAAGUUACUUCUAAUGCAACAUUAAAUGGAAACCAUAGCGACUCUGGUGAGACACACGGUGAUGAUAAUGACAUUGAAAGUGUUGUAUCCUCAAGGUCAACCCUACAAAGCGUCAUCAGUGGCGUAGGAGAAGCAGAUUUAGGUGGUCCAAGCGAGCCUAGACAUGUUGCUCAGCAAGGCAAUAACAUCUCAGAAGAAGAAAUGAGGUUGAUGCAGCCGUACCCAUUGUGUCCUUACCUUGUGGUGGAUGUGAGAGAUCAAGAUGAAUAUGAUAGAGGCCAUAUAAUAGGAGCUAUCAACUCCCCAACUGCAAGGCUGUCAAGGACAACAAAUAAUUUUACAAGAGAAAUGCUGGAAUAUAAAAAUCAAGUUGGCAAAAUAAUCGUACUUUAUGAUGAAGAUGAAAAACUUGCAACCAUGGCGGCGACCACCAUGGUAGAACGCGGAUUUGACAAUAUUUUUAUAAUUUCUGGAGGAUUAAAGGUUCUCGGGCAAAAGAUACCAGAAGGGCUUAUCACUGGUACUCUACCGCCCUCGUGUGUACCCGCAUACAUUGCAAAGAGAUUGAGAAAUAAUCGAUCCAUGGCUGAAGAUGGACCGAUUGACGCCAGUCCUAAUCACAGACUCAAAAGAUUCUCCUCAGAAGAAUUGGACAGGAUUAAUCAUUAUCUGGAUGAGAGCUUGGUCCCCAAUGAUACAGGAAGUCGCUUGAGUCGCCAGUCCAAAGCGAGUGAUCGUUUGACAGCAAUGAGUAAAACGUCAUCCAUGUCAUCAAGCAGCAGCGGAGGAAGCAGAAGACCAUGGAAAUGAUGUCAUAAUGAGAUUCAAUGAUGCGGAACUGGACAAUGAUACUAAAAUUUUUAAUGGCGUUGAAUAUUACACCUUAUUUUUUACAAAGCUAUUUAUUUCAUGACCAACUUCUUUGGGUCGAACAGUGUUGUUUAAAAAAUUUGCUAUUUAUUUCUUGAUAGUUUCUAUACUUUUACUUAAUACUAGCUCUGAAAUAGGCUUGAGACAGAAUCUACUGAAAUGGAAGCGCUCCAAGUGUGUGUACCAAUAUGGAGGUAACUUAUUUUGUUCGCCUAUUUUAUAUCAAGUUGUGUAAAGGGACUGAAACCUAUGGGCAGGGAGUAUAUUCACUUGGCUAGCACAGACAGUCCCCGUAAUAAACUCGUAAUAAAACUAAAUUAAGGAAAAUCGGAAUAAAAACAUCGCCUAACCCUAACCUGGUACACACACUACGGAAGUACUGAAAUGGCUGCUAAGCUUAAAGAGCGUUUAAUUAACAGACGUCUAAUUUUUUAAACCAUAUUUUACCUUAUCUACGCCUUCACUAUACAAACAUCCAUCAUUGUGUGAAAAACUACUAGGGCUGGGCUGGGUUCUUUCUGGAUCAGCAUUUCUCAUUCCUUUUAUUACACCCAGGGUAAUAUACGGAUGUUUCCCCGAGCAAUAACUUCCUUGCCUAUUUUCGUAUCAACGGCCAAUAAGCUAAUAAUGGAGUAACAAUUGGAAUUUAUGCGGCCGUGGACGCAGUGAAACGCUUUUAUUAAAAAUAAUGAAUUUCGCGACAUACACCAGUUCAUAAGCGCCAACUCUCGAAAUAAGCAUAUAAAAUUUUUCAUAGUAAAGUAUAGAAAGAAUUUUUCUCGGGUCAAGGGUCAUGGAAGCAUAUAUUGUGGGCAUUGGAUUUGAACCUGUACUGUUGUCUUUUUUUCUGUUUACCAGUUUAGGUCGAGUGUUUAAUAGCUGAACGAUUCUUUUCAAAUGCUCGGAGUAGGAUCGUGGCAGAUUCCAUGACCAAUCUUUAGUUUUAGACAAGUUGGAGAUGUUUUGUAAAAUAUAUACUAUGUAUAAAAAUGUGCAUAAAAAUACUGUUUCACCAAAUUCUUGUUUUUGUUGCAGAACAAUCGUUUUCCUUUCCCUCUUAUGGGAACAUUGUUAUAUGACGUAUGGGAACGUUUUAUACAGGGUAUCCAUAAAGGUCUUUUACAAUUUCGAUUUUGUUAUGAAGUCAGUUCUUUAUAUAUCUUACCCAAGUGUCGUUGAUAAAUUCCCUUUGCAAUUUCAAGAUGUCAUGGGAACCCUAUGGUUCCUAUAUUACCUUUCUAUUUUGGGCGCUCCUGAAGUAUUCAUACCAAGAUGGUGCACAGCCUGAACACAGUGGGUACCAGGUUAGGGUUGUUCCGGUUGUGUGUCAUCUUGGUACGAAUACUUCCGGAGCGCCAAAUUUUGUGUCCAUGUAUUCGAGCAUUGCUCUCUUGUUCAAAGUCCAACCAAUGCUCAUAGAUUCUUCCAUAUGUUUUGGGAGUGAUUGCCAAUUAUGCUAUUUCCAAUGCAUUCCAAAAUAGUAUUUUUGAAUAUGAAAUCCUAAAUGUAUUCUAGCUUUCAUACAAAUAACACUAAACUAGAUUGUAUAUGCUUCGUUGUUUUUAAUAUGUUUCGCAAUUUGUUAGUUUCUUCGUACUGUUAUGUUUUCUUGAAUUCUUUCCUGUUUAUUCAAAUUGUACUACAUAUGUGUUAUCUAAUUUUGUUUGCUAAUUUGCUGUUAUAAUAUGAUUAGCAUUACUGCUGGUUGGUUGAGACAUCUUCCACCUGACGUUUUUUCAUACUUGGAACAAUUGUUUGAACAGCUGAUCUUAUACUCAUCUGGGUAACUGGAAGGGAGUCUGUGGUUUGCCAUGAGAUUAGAUUUCCUCUCUCGCUCGUGAUAAAUAUAGAAGUUCUUCUCCAUCUGUUACAGUCUGUGAUUGUGUAAGUAUAUUAUAAUCAUUAGCAUGAAAAAGAAACGAUCAUACACCUCUUGACCAGUUAUUAUAAUUUAAUUCUUCCUAAUGCAGUUGUUCACAAAUUUUUUAGGCCACGGCCCCUUUUAAAAUAAAUCAAGUCUCGCGCCUCAAAAAUAACUAACAAUAAGCUACAAAUAACAGAUGUUGAGAAGAAAGUAUAUUCUCAUUCUAAAAACACGUUUAAAAUAUGUGAAUGGAACAUAAAUAUCCAAAAUAAGGCAGGCAAGAUCAAAGCUAACGAUUUUUUUUUCUAAUAAACUUCACACCCCCUCAUAAAAUUGUCUACGCUCCCCUUGGGUGGGCCGUUUAGGAACCACUGUUCUAAUGUAUAGUUGGUGGAGGAAGUCUUAACUAAAUAUUAGUUAUGUGAACUUUUCAAUGGUAGCAUCUUCAGCACCAUUACUCUGAUGCAUGUAUAUUCUUGUUUUCUGUUAUAUUUUCUGCGAUGUGCUUGUUACUAUGGAUAUUCAAAAUCAGAUUAAUUUAGUAUUAUGUUCUUUAUAUGGUCCAGAUAUCAAUGAUUUUUUGUGCAAACCCUCGCCAAUGUUCAAAAUCAGUAAUUAUCCAGUUAGAGUUUGGAAUGCGGAUUGCACUGGAAAUAUAAUUUUUUUAAUUAUUCCUAACCUUAAUUCCAACUAUAUACUUACUAAUUUGUUAGUCUUAAACGUGGCGGAAUGUUUUGUUCGAAUCUCAAAAUUUAUGCAUUCAUGGCAGGGGCUUUGUACCAAACACCCCUGCACGUUUAUACUGGCCAACUUUGAUUUAAGAUGAUUCUGUAUACCCUGCACCAUAGGAAAAAUGUAUCUUGGUAUAAUCCUUGUAUUCCAAAGGUUGUUUUAUUUGAAUUAUAAACUAUUUGGAACUGCAAUUCGAACUUUAAGUUGAGAAAUCUUUAUUCAAAAAACUACGAUAGUGCAGACUGCAAACUUCGGACUCAUGAGCGACGGCUUUGGGACUGGUGAAAGUUUCCCUCCAACUCCAUGAUGUAUCAGAUGUUAUUCAGGCUAUUGCUUUACUUGAAAACUUUGGGCCAAACUCUUUUAUUUAGUACAUGUUCCUAACAACACUGUAAGGAGAGAAAUGUAUAUUUUUGUAUUUUACCGCUUGCUUGAUUUUAGUGAUUUGUUAAUAAAAUUAUUUCUAGAUA